AAUAAAAUAAAAUCAAAACCCCUAUUUCUUAUCCAAAACCUCUUCUUCAUUUUCUUCUUCUUCUUCUUCUUCUUCAUCCUCUAUCCCCAAUUUACAGUUACAACAAUGGAUACAACCUCUCUUCUAAUCUAUUCACCAUUAUCAUGCUCAUUAUCCUCUUCUAAACCUAAACUCACUCUCAAUUCCUCAUCCUUCACCUGUUAUCCGUUCGGAAAAUGCUUGCGGUGGAACUUUCUCCCGCCAACAACCACCGUCAUUCUGUCGUCACCUCAGGCGUCACUCUUCCGCACGUCGGCGCUUGCUGUUGGUGAAAUACUGGAGAAAUCUAGCUUAGAAGACUCGGUUUCAUGUGUUUCUAAAGACCAGAUGCCCAAAAUUGAUAAGAGUGGGAGGUUUUGUAGCCCUAGAGCCGCCAGAGAGCUUGCACUGUCAAUCAUAUACGCUGCUUGUUUAGAAGGAUCCGAUCCGGUACGGCUGUUUGAGAGGCGUAUGAACGCCAGAAGAGAAAUAGGGUAUGAGUUCGAUAAAGAGACAUUGAUGGAGUACAAUCACAUGAGCUUUGGUGGACCUCCCGUGAAAACAGAGACGGCUGAAGAAGCUGAUGAACUUAUGAGAGUAGAUGAAAAGGCAUCUGAAGUUGAGGCAGAAGUUCUUUCAGCCCCUCCAAAGUUGGUUUACAGUAAAUUAAUCUUGCGCUUCACUAGAAAGCUAUUGGUGGCUGUAGCAGACAAGUGGGAUAGUCAUGUUCUGGUCAUUGACAAAGUUGCUCCACAAAACUGGAAGAAUGAACCAGCAGGCAGAAUCUUGGAGCUUUCAAUUCUUCGCCUGGCCAUGUCAGAAAUUGAUGUGCUAGGAACGCGUCACCAAAUUGUGAUUAACGAGGCAGUAGAUCUUGCAAAACGGUUCUGUGAUGGGUCAGCACCCCGAAUAGUCAACGGCUGCCUCAGGACAUUCAUCAAGGAUUUUAAAGGAAAUAGUGCGGCCCAGACACCUGACUCGAAAACCCAAAAAGAAACGAUCUCAACCGACUCGUAGAUUUAAAUUUAGUGUCUUUUGAACCCGGGUCCCCUCUCAUUCUUUGUGUUUGGGCAAUGGUGAAUACGAGAAUACAGAUUGUAAAAGGAAGACCUGACUGAACUCAUGCAAAGAGAUUUUGUGCACUUGGUUUUUCAAGUAGUGCCUGGAAUAUCAAGAUAACGUACACCCAAACGGGCUUUGUGAAUCUACUACAUUUGCAUGGUUAUUAUGUAAUUGUUCGUUAAUCGCGUAUGAUCUAUUAAUUUGGCUUGUAUCUAUUAACAUGUAUAAUUUAUGUUGCUUUUAUGAUCUAUGAAUUUAAUUUGCAUGGUUUUUAUGCA